AUGGAUAUUGCUUCAACAAAUUUUGAAAAUGUUGGACCUUUCACUCGUGCAUGGGAAUGGCUCAAGGCCUUGCCUGUAAAGUUAUGGGCUAUGGCAGUCGAGUUUGCAAAUAAGAUGAAGAAACUUGGACAAGAUGAUCCCCGAAGAAUAGUCCAUUCGCUCAAAGUAGGAGUGGCUAUCUCGUUGGUUUCCUUGUUCUAUUACGUCCGACCGCUCUUCGACCGUUUUGGUGAAAAUGGAAUAUGGGCGGUUUUAACCGUCGUUCUAGUGUUCGAGUUUUCAGUUGGAGGAACAUUGGGAAAAGGCCUAAACAGGAUGCUGGCAACGUUGUCCGGUGGUGCGCUAGCUGUCGGAGUUGAUCAGGUGGCAACUCUCUUCGAUGGGACGGGACAACCCAUAGUACUUGGAAUCUUAGUCUUUAUAAUAGCUGCAACGGUAACAUUUAUGAGAUUCUUCCCUGCACUGAAGGCAAGAUACGAUUAUGGACUGAUGAUAUUCAUAUUGACUUUUUGCUUGGUAUCUGUGUCGAGUUAUAAAGAUGAUGAGGUUCUAGAUAUGGCCUGCCAGAGGCUAUACACAAUCAUCAUUGGUUGCUUUAUUGCUAUCAUUAUAUGCAUCUGUGUAUGCCCUGUCUGGAUUGGGGAGAAUCUGCAGAACCAAAUAGCUAACAAUUUGGAAAAGCUUGGGAAUUUCUUAGAAGGAUUUGGUAGGGAAUACUUCAGAUUGUCAGAGGAAGGGCAUUCCACUGAUGAUGAUAAAUCAUUUCUUCACGGGUAUAAAAGUGUUCUGACUUCUAAAGACAAGGAAGAAACUAUGGCCAAUUUAGCGAGAUGGGAAUUUUGGCACUAUCGUUUUGGGUUCCGUCAUCCUUGGAAUCGUUACCUUAAAGUUGGAACCUUGACUCGGCAGUGUGCCUACAAAAUUGAAGACCUCAACAGCUAUCUCAAGUACUUCGACAUCCAAGCUACACCCACCGAGUUCCGAAGAGAAAUUCAUGAGCCAUGCAUAAAGAUUUGUUCAGAAUCUGGCAAAGCACUGAAGGAAUUAGCAUCAGCGAUCAAAAAAAUGAGACGGUCAACAUCAGUUAAUUUCCAUAUUGCAAACUCAAAAAUUGCAGCCGAGAAUCUCAGGUCCUUGCUCAACAUGAUUUCCCUUUGGGAAAAUGCCAAUCUGCGCGAGAUUAUACCAACUGCUGCAGUUGGAUUAAUUCUAAUCGACAUUGUGCCAUGCACAGAGAAAAUCGUAGAGGCUUUUCAGGAAUUAGCCUCUCCUGCGCGCUUCGAGAAUAUGGACGACAGAGUUUCACCGAGCAACGACGUUCUUGUGGAAAAGGACAUUUUGGAGAACAUAGCCAUCCUAGGAAUAUUGGGCGUGAUGUGCCACUGGGGGACUAAUGCGAGUAUGAUGGAUAUCGUCAUGUUUAUUGAGAAAUGUGACACAUGUCGUCAAGUUAAGGCUAAGCACCAGAGAACAGCUGGUAAACUUCAACCUCUCCCUAUUCCUGAGUGGAACUGGGAUGACAUUUCUAUGGAUUUUAUAGUGGGUUUGUCGAGGACUCCUAGUGGAAAGAACUCGAUUUGGAUAGUACAUUUGCAAGGAGUACCCAAGAGUAUUGUGUCGGAUCGGGACCAGCGAUUCAUGUCCCAUUUUUGGAAGAGAUUGCAGGCAGCUCUAGGCACUAAGUUGAAGUUUAGUACUGCAUAUGAUGGAAACCAAGAUUUUGAUGCAGGUGAUGCUGAGGUUAAGCCUGAGGAGUCGGCUCCGCCAGAGGAGUGA